UUGGAGCCUGAAGUCGCAGGCCGAGGCCCUCCACGGGCAGAUACAGACCAAAUCCUGAGUCCCAGCCGUCCUGCUUUUUCUUCAAAAUCAACAAGACUGAUGAUCAUCUACCCUAAAUCGAGGAGAGAGCACCUCCACCUCCACCUGUGACGUCUCACCUGCAGGAUCAGCUGCAGCGAGAACGAGCCCCGUCUUCAUCCUCCGUCACGUGACGUCACUCGACGUCACCUGCUGUCAGUCUGUAAAGAUGGCGACGACGGGGCAUCUUCAGCGCAUCUCCGCGGCUUUGGCCGUUUUUCUCGGUCUGUCGAGCAUACUGCAGCGGGGAGAUUGCGAUGAGCAGGUGCCGCUCAUUCUGUGGACAAGCGAAGGGAUCUCCCUUCCGAGUCAGUCCCCUCCUACAGCGGGUCACAUCGUGGAGCAGCAGCAGCUGGCCGCCUACCUGGAGAAAGCUCUGAGUGACGGCCCGAGAAAUGUAGUGCUGUUCCUUCAGGACAAGAUGAGCAUAGAAGACUUCACCAUGUAUGGAGGAGCUUUCGGAAACAAACAGGACAGCGUUUUCCCCAACCUCGAGGGCGCUCUGAUGUCCUCGUCCUCCCCUCUGGUGCUGCCUGCUGUGUCCUGGCCGGCCUCCAAUGCAGUGAUUGGUCAGCUGCAGGACCAAUUAGAAACCUCCCCUCUGUACAUGGACCCUGAGACCCUCAGCCAGCUGAGGCUCAACGCCUCCUCACCCGCCCUGCUGGUGUUCAGGCUGCCGUACGGCAUCGGGGCUGAUCUGAUGUCUGCAAAAGAGAUUCUCAGUGGAAACGACGAGGUGAUUGGUCAGGUGUUGAGCACCAUGAAGGCCCAGUCCGUUCCAUACACAGCCAUCUACACAGCCCUGCGGCCGUCCAGGGAAGCUGCGUCUCUCUCUAUUGAGGCCGGCCUCGGUGGAGGACGCUCUCUGCUGCAGGCCAGAGGUGGAUACAGGGAGAGGCAGAGAGAGCGGGAGAGGCAGCGUCGGAUCAAGGAGAAGGCUGAGAUCUACGGUCCGGUGGAGUUUAAGGAGGGUGAAGACACCUGUAUCCUCCUGUGGGCUACAGGCCUGACAGUCAGCAUCCUUCGGAGCGGUAGCUGGGAAGUCCAGGACUUGACCUCGGCCACCUUUGGGAAGGAAGCUCGUCUGAAGCUCGACGGCUCCCGCUGCGACAAAACCAAAGCGAGGUUGGUUCUAAACUAUGAGGAUGUUCUCCGCCACCGCGACUUCAAACUAAUCUUUGCCAUGAGCCAGCGUCACUACAAGGUGUCGGCUCGCCGCUGGUUCACGCUGGACGCCGUGGAGCUGGAGUACGACGGCACCAAAGCCACAUUCAACGGCAGCAGAAACAUUUAUGCUCCGGCUGAGUACUCGUACCGCUGCGAGUCCGUCACCAACUACCGUUGGCCGCUGCUCGUCCCUCGCUCCUCCAAAGAUCCAGCCAAUCAGUGGAGGGUUUCUUUUGAAGACUUUCAGAUCCAGGGCUUCAACGUGUCUGACGGGGAGUUCUCGUAUGCCAGUGACUGCGCCGGCUUUUUCUCUCCUGGCAUCUGGAUGGGGCUGAUGACCAGUCUCCUCAUGGUCCUCGUGCUCACCUACGGCCUGCACAUGAUCAUGCAGCUCCGCACUAUGGACCGUUUUGAUGACCCCAAGGGCCCGGCUAUCUCUGUGCCCCAGACAGAGUAACUACAGAGUAACUACUGUCCUGACUUCACUUUCCAUGUCUCCUCCCCUCUGUACUUUAAAUGCUUCUCCUUCAUUCCCUCCCUUUACAUUCCACUCCCUGUUCAUCUGUAGUUGGGCAUUAUACAGACUAAUUAGUCGUGUUGUCAGAAUAAGGGUUUAGUCAUCACUGCGUAGAUGUCAGUUUAUAAAAUGUGCAUCCUGAGACUGAAGAGCCGAGUGUUCAGGUAGCCCGGUUUGUGCCUCUCGUGUAAAAAAGAUGGUUUAUUGAAACUGAAAGCUGCUCUGAAGGGCUUUCUACAAUCCUCAGUCACUUAGCUGAAAAAUGUCCAUCUUUGUCUCAAGCAGCAAUGAACAAUAUUCUUUAUUUAAUGUGAUCAUGUGAAAGAUGGCGCUCAUCAUCACAACGUGCAACUCAACUCCGUUUACGGAGCUUUAAAGAGAAUUCAUUCUGUCUGGUCACAACAUUACGUUCAAGCAGCCAUCAUCAGGUAAAAGGCUGUAAAAGUCCACUGUUCAUCAAGGCUGUGCUGCACAACGCUCGCGUUUCUCUGCUCUGUGGAAAAAAUAUGCAGAAGACAGAAAGUCCAACAGCAGCGUGACUGCAUAGUGAGUCUCGUCAAACACAGAGGCACAAAAAUCAAGGAAAAAUUAUAAAAUAAACACAAAUAAACAGACUGAGCAAGUCAACAACAUCCACUUCUGAAACACUCCCAGUGAGAUGCGAAAACGCUGCACAGUUACGAUCACGCACGCAAACAUUCAGAUUAUUCAGGAAGUAAGUUGAGUGGUGUACAAGUAAAAACUGACUUUAAACAUUUCUGAGUACAAGUAAACACAUGAAAGGAACAAUUCACCCAAAAAUGAAGCUUCACGGCAGAACAGCGUUGCAGCAUUCUGCCAAACAACGGAAGGAGAAGUUAGGUGAACUGUUCCUUUAAUGUUGAACUCCAUUAUUUCUCAAACUGCAUUAGUUGUGAUGUUAAUACACGAGAGGCUCAAACUUGGGUGAGUUUUCAGGCUGCUGUGGAGGAAUACAGUUGUACAUACAGGGACAAAAAUUAAAUUAUAAAAAUGCUAUUUAUUGGUGAAACUCAUUGUGUAUGUGUGUGUUUACAACUGUUUUGUGUCUGUCAGUAGACAAAGGUUAGGUGUUGAUAUUGAAUGAAGUGAUCACGUUUUCUGUAUGGAUGAUAGAUGAACGUGCAUCAAUUACUGUUAAAGAGCAAAGGGACAAGCCGACUCAGAUCCAGAUAAUCUCAGUACACAUGCAGAGACGAGCUGUAACAGGCUGCAUGAAGUCAGACAUUUCCAAGUGUUUGUUCAUCUUCUUCACGGUUUUGUUUCAGACCGUGAGCUUAAAGCUAUUUUCAUUUCUGUCAUAAUUAACAUGAAUGCUGUAUUUAUUACUCAGCUGAAGUGCACUGAAAUAUGCUCAAUGUGAAUUUUAUUUUCAGUUGGUUAACUUAUUUUGUUUUGAUAAUUUGUAGUGAAUAUCAAUGAUGUGAGGAUUAUUGGUCCUGUGUUGAUGUGAACCCAAUAAAACAUCUGUGAAAACUGAA